AUGUCAGGUGCCGUUCGAGAUAGGUUAUUUCACGCGAUGUUGGUGCGUAUGGCACUUAGUUAUACGAGACACGUGCCGCGUUUCGGCAGGAGAUUCAUUGAGUUUUUUGUGCUGUUGAUCGCGAUAUUACUGUUGUGUCUGAUGAUAUAUGUGCAUAUAAUAUUCAACCGGAACGAUAGCAGAUGCCUGUCGGAUCUGAUUGACAAAUGGCCACGGGACGGAGUGCUGCGGGUCGAGGUGAUCAGCGAUCUGCAUAAGUUUUAUGCGUACCAGGACAGGGCGUUCGAAAGGUGGAAUAAUGAGCAAAAGAAUUCAACGGAAUUCAGUUUAAAACGCAUUCUGCAAGAAGGACCGAAGGCACUGCCGAAGGAGUUGAGAAAAGGGGGUGGUGGUGGUUCGAGGUUCUUUUACUUGUACCAUUUUGGAUUCUAUGCGUAUCAGUAUCGGUAUAAUGGGCAGUACGGUGGUUUGGCACUUCUGGCCUCGACGUUUUUUAUUUUGGUGGGGAUUUAUUAUUUAUUUGUUAUUAUUUAUUGUAGUGUUAUUGUUAUUUAUUAUUACUGA